AUGUCCGACACCGCGGGCAAGGCCGAUGUGCGGCUCGUGGAGAUCAAGACUGUGGCGGGGCUGGUGGCAGAUGACGCCACCGAAGCCGAAGGCGCACCCCGCCAAACGAGAUGUGUCGUCGGCAAUGGCGUGUGGAAGGAGAUGUUCCUGCACCCGACGCCACCCAUCCGGCGUAUCCUCGUCGCGGCCUUCGGAGUACACUUCUUCCAGCACCUCAUGGGAAUCGAGGCCGUGGUCCUCUACAUCCCUCGCAUCUUUAAGGAAGCCGGCAUCGCCACCCGCAGCGACAUCCUUGCAGCGACCGUCGGCGUGGGCGUCACCAAGACGGUGUUCAUCACGACAACCAUCCUGCUAGUCGACCGCAUUGAGCGAAGGCCGCUCUACCUCUCGAGCCUGGCGGGCAUCAUCGCCUCGGUUCCCUAUCUCGGUCUUGGCCUCACCAUCGUGGAGCGCUUGGCACCGCGCUACUCGUCGACGUGGGCUAUGGUGCUGUCCAUCGCAAUGGUGUUCACCUUCAUAGCGUCCUUCUCCGUCGGCGUGGGGCCCAUCACGUGGGCCUACAGCUCGGAGGUGUACCCGCUCUGGCUACGCGCGCAGGGCGCCAGCGUCGACGUGGCCAUCAACCACGUCAUGAACGUCGACGUCUCUAUGACGUUCGUGUCGCUGUACAAGGCGGUGACCAUCGGCGGUGCCUUCUUCCUGUUCGCGGGGCGGGCCGUGCUGGCGGCCAUGUUCUUCUACUUCCUCUGCCUGCAGACGCAGGGCCGGCCACUGGAGGAGAUCGAGGAGGUGUUUAGCCGUGGGUGGCGCACGCGGCUCCCAUCAUCGGAGGCAGUUGUCGUGGAGCGGUGUCCAACGUCACCGAUGAUAACGGCAAAGCGCGGCCGUGAUGCGAUAGCAACAAAUAUGGAUGAAUCAUAUAUUCGUGCUACAUGUGUUUGUAUCUGUCAACAUUUCUCAAUUAGGAGGAAAUAUUAG